AUGGUAAGAAACUGCAUGGUAGACUCAGAAGCAGCAGUAAAUAUUAUGCCAGAGGAUUUCAUGAAAGAGAUGGGAAUGAAGGCAGAUACCCCUUUUGAAAAAUGUUAUGCAAUGGAUAAUAGGUCAGUCCCAGUGGUCGGGAUCAUGAAGGAUAUUGAGUUUAGGUUUCCAGCUUGUCCAGACACUACCUAUAAAAUGGAUGUAACAAUUUUGCAAGUUCUUGUGAACUAUGGAAUGUUGCUAUCCAGACAGUGGCCGAACUUGGUAGGUGGAUAUGUACAACUAGAUCUAUCGUAUGCUACCAUCCCGGUCAAAGGAGAAGAGGCAAGUAUUUCUAAACCUUUAGAAAUUGAAAAAAUUGUAGAGGCUGUUAAACACAAUGAAAGUUUGAUUUGGAAAUCAUAUUUUGAUGGUGCCUGCAGCCCUGCAAAUCAUGGUACAGUGCCAUCACCAUCAGCUUGGGCUCUGUGCUAUUGGCUUCGGCCCCCUACCUUCCUCUGGCCCCAGCUUACCUUCCUGCCGGCUGUUCUUCCCCAGCCUCUUACCGGCUCCCAGCCCCCGCUGGCCAAUCCCCCGCUGGCUCCUCCCUGCGGCCGCCGCCCGACCGGCCCGCCAUUACCUGUAGCCCUCAGCCUCCACCUCCCUGCGGCCCCCAGCUCCCUGAUCGCCACCCAGCCCAGCCUUCUCAUUGCCGACUUCCGCCACCCCAGCCCAGCCCCCGCAGCACCUCCCCUACUGCCUGCCGCAACGCCUCGCCGCCGCCGCCGACUGCCCCCGCUCCGCCACGGCCCGCCGCCUCAGUUGCCCUCACCCAGCCCAGCCCCCUCUGCUGCCUUGGCUCUGCCACCUGACCGCCACCGGAGCUCCACCCGGCCGCCACCGGUGCACCACCCACUGGCCAUCGGACCACCACAGAACCACCAGACCUCCUUUUUGGCCUUUUUCAAGGGGGGAUUUGUCAAAGUGAAGUCUAGUUUUUGUACUCCGGGAGCCAUAGAAUGA